GUGGUUUGUUGUUUCAUAUUGUCUUGAACUGCACGCAACACAAAAAAACUCAAUUUUCGUUUCUUUCUACUCGACAAUUUACCACACCAAAUUACAGUCUGAAUUUCACAUUCACAACAACACAAGGAAGAGCUGUGCCAUGGGUCUUCCGAAUCACCACAGAGGUUCAGCUGGCCCGGCUUCCAAAACUGCUCACGCUCAUCCUGCGGCGUCAAAAGUCGCUAAGGCAGCACCAGACACCACGCAAAAGCGCAGCACUACAGGAUUGCUAUUAGCCAAACCAAAAAUACAGUUGACGGGAAACGGUACACGGCAGCAGCAGCAGCAGCAGCAGCAGCAGAAGGCCAAGCAUAGCAAUAUUGACCCGAUGACAGUAUGCAUAGAUCUGGCCAGCCAAAUAGGUCUGGCAAUCAGCGGCAGCAACCCCACACAAGCCGACAGCGACGAUGCGGAUGUGGCGGCAGCCAACGAGAGAUACAUGCAGCAGAUGGAUGCCGACAACUACGGCUCUGACGACGACUUGGGUGAAUCUGAGGAGACUCAGGCUGGCAAGAUGAAGGGCGAGAUGCUGGACAGGCUGGCAGCAUUUGAUAAGCAGCUGUUGGACAAGUGGAUGGACGCUGAUCGGCGAGACUACGAGGUCAAUGGCGAGGUCUUGGACCAGGAGGUGGUGAACAGGCGGCUGGACCUGCUGAAGACAUUUGCCCUACAUUUGCGCAGGAUUGGCAAAAACAAGUCGAGCCUUUUGGCCCGCUUGGUAGAGCCGAUGGCCGAGGAACACUGGGUGCUCGAUCCAGCCUACCACCAGCAAAUGGUGGAUGCAUUCCAGACUAUGUGCAGGAUGAUCAACAAUCUUCCUGAAAUGGCUGCUGCCGCGCGGCAUUGCAUGGCGCCAGAGACGCUGCGGGAGCUGGAGGACGCUGGCCAGGCCGAAGGUGCGUUGGCCGAUGGGGCGGCCAGCAAGGCGCGGCAAAUAGCCCAGAUGGAGCGGUUGGUGCAUGAGGUCGAGCAGGUUAUCGAGAGGCUUCAUCUAGAAACAAGUAGCACCAAACGUGAUACGCUAUUAUCGUCCCUGUAACCAUUCUAUUUUAUUCACUAAACAUACACAUGCUUUUAUACUCGUUGAGAAUGUCGAUUUCAGCAGUAGUCCUCGACACACAUAUAACGUAUUUUAAUACUUAUUCAUUAUUAUUGCUGCUCCAAAACCAAACAGGGAGUGAGGGAGAGGGGAUCAAAGGGAGAGCUGUGGACUAAUAAAAAAGCUCUACAAACAGAGAAGCUAGUGUUGGAGAUUCAAUACAUUAGAAGAGGGAGGAGUAGCGAGGCCUGCACUUGUACUCAGUGGUGGUGAUCGGGGCGGGCUCGACUGCAGAAUAGGCGGGAGCAGGAGCGGGAGU